CAGUAUUCGCUAACCUUUGCUAAGGGUGCGUUGUAACAGUCGAGAUUUUCGUAGAGUUAAAACAAAAAUGCGCUUAGCUCUAUGUCUAUUGGUAUUUUUCGUCGUGGCUUACGCAUCCAAGACACCCAAAAGGAGCAACUACUUCCCGUAUUAUGAGCCCAACAUAGCAGAGCAUCAGAGAUUUCUGAAGAGCUCAACAACAGUGACGACAACGAAGAUACUGACCGCGAUCUAUACAAUUACUUGCACCAAGUCAACUACAGCAUGUACUUCUUCUUCUACCAGUACUAGUACUACUUCAAGUUCAGCAACCUCUACCAGUGCAACCUCUACCAGUGCUACCACUACUUCCAGCAGCACUUCUUCUACAACGAGCAGUACUUCUUCGACAACCAGCAGUACUACCUCGAGUACUGCUGGUCGCCGACGAAGGCAGAUUGACAUCAGAGAUGUAGAAGUCCAAGACUGGACAAACGAGCAAUUGCCCAUUGUUCCUUCAAAUGUUCAAGGGGUUGAAGCUACCCAAGCACCAGUUCGAGAAGGACGUUCUGCAUACCCACAACUGUUCGCUAUGAUGCCCCCGUUCGGAUAUUAUCAACCCCAAGAAAUCCAAUCCGGUUUCGACAACGACCCCACUCUCGCCUUGCCUUAUUAUGGGUCGUAUGUUCAACCUGCCGCCAUCAGCCAACCUCGUAUUUUCUUCGGCGCCUUGAACGGCUUAUUAUUUCCAAAUUUUGUGGUAACCAAGACAGAGACGGUUACAAUGGUUUCCAUCGUCCCUUCCACUUCGACUUUGAGUCCAACGUGCAGUACUGCCAAUCCCGGUGCUUUACAAUGUCCAGCAUAAAUCCACACGAUAUCCGACCGCUUUUCUUUCGACUUUGGUGGCAGCCAUCUAUUUUUAAUAUUAUAUAAGCAUCUAGACUUUUAUGUUUGUUUAGCUACAAUUUGUAGCGUUUAAAUACAACAAUCCCGCAAAUCAA